CGAAUCAGCAAUGUUGUCUUUGUGGUUGCAAGAUGGCAGCGUCCUGCACACAACGUGACAAAAUAUUCAAAGAAAAACUUUGAGUCCUCUUUAUUUAUCUGGGGUUUUUUUUCACGAAGGUUAGACAUGACUUCGAAAGACAAGAAUGAGGACUCUCCAGAAGCUGAGGACAGCGCUAGAGUAUAUAUUUACGACCGAAGAAACGACAGUCUUCCCGAAGUUAAAGUCCCGCUUGCUGGAGUUUUGAAUUUUGCCGCGUUUCACGAUAAAGUCUGUCAAGUUCUUGGAAUUUCCAAAAAUGAAAAGUUUGUUAUGGUUAAUACCAAUCGAGAUGAGAUCUCGGAUGACAAAACUUACGAAGAGCUGAUAGAGGGAGAUGACACAAUAUACCUUCUGAAAUCCACCAACCAGGAGCUGACGGCGCCAACCCAAGAACGGGUUGAGUUUAUUCCUCACUAUGACACGCUUGUGAAGAGUGGCAUGUAUGAGUACUACGCUAGCGAAGGCCAAAACCCACUGCCAUUUGCUUUUGCAGAGCUGGUAGACAAUGCACUUGCUGCCACUGCCAAUAAUGAAGACCUCAGAUCCAUAGAGAUACGCCUGAUGUUUGAUGACUCUAUUGGUAAACAUGCUGUUUGUGUACUGGAUAACGGCAGAGGGAUGACACCAAAGGAGCUUAACAAUUGGGCUGUUUAUAGACUUUCAAAAUUUAACAGGCCUCAAGUGACCCUGAAACAGUCAACUGAUGGUGGCCCACCAAGAUCUCUCAACAGUGAUAUCUCCUACUUUGGAGUUGGUGGGAAACAAGCAAUCUUCUUUAUUGGAAGUGCGACAAGGAUGGUGACCAAGACCAAGGAUUGUAGUGAUGUUCAUGAGCUUUGUAUCUCCAAGGAUGAGUUUGAAAGGAAAGAGAGAAGCAGGGAAUCUAUCUACAGUGGUCACAUUAUAAACAGAAGGGCAGGAGAUGUUGCACACAUUCCAACUGAAGAAGACAAUGUAAAGAAAAUUAUUGCAGAGGAGACAAAAAAAUCCAACUUUACAGCAGUCAUCAUAACUGGAAUAUCUCCUGAACAUAGUGCAUACCUGAAAACACACUUCCCACACUGGAGCAAACAGCUAGCACAUAUCUACCAUUAUUAUAUACAUGGACCAAAAGGAAAUGAAAAUAUUGUCAGCAAAUCAGAAAUUCCUUUCAAGAAAAUUGACUUAAAUGUUGUUCUUCACGAGAAAGGAAAGCAACCAAAGAAGAUGGAUCUUACCUCUAUAAAAGAAGAUAUGCAGACACUGUACAUCAGGUCGGCAGCAUCUGUAUUUGAAUUCCGCGCCCAUGUCGAUAAUGGCGGUGUUGUGGAGGGUGUGUUACGAUAUCAUCCCUUUCUCUAUGACAAGGAGACUUAUCCUGCAUUAGAAAUGGAUGACAAACCAGUAGUUGACGACACAGCCUCAGAGGAGCUUCUGGAUACCUUAGAAAAAGACAGCCAUGCCCCAAGAGGGUAUCGCCCUAUAUUUGAAUGCUACUGGAAUGGGCGUCUUAUUCCCUACACCACCAUAGACACGCUUGAGUGGUGCCAGCCUGCCAAGAAGAGGACCAACAUUCCGCAAGAAUGCUAUAAUAGGUUUUCCGGGGUGUUGUGGACGAAUGAUGCUUUUCAAGUCAGCACAAACAAAUUGACCUUCAUGGAUCUUGAAGGGAAGCUUAAGGAUAAAAGCACCAUAUAUAACCGUGUUGUGUUGGGGCAGGAGCAAAGAGUGCAGAUCUCUCGUGCUUUCCAUGAUUGGAUCCGUGAAUGUCACGAAAACCAUGACAAGCAGGUCAAGUUUAUAAGCUUCCAAGAACAGAUCAAGCGCAGUGAUUUGACACAGAAACGUCAUCACAGCCCUUGGUCUGUGUUCAAAGCCAUUGAGUGGGACGGCAAAGUCUUCAAGGCAGGACAAUUGGUACGUAGCCAGCGAACUGUUCCUGUGGUCUGCGGGACGGUCAAGAGGUUUUUACUGUUUGGGGAUCAUGACGAGGAUGUGUUUGCCACUGGUGGGGAGAUGGAGAUCAUACAGGAGCCUGUUGCUUUGUAUGGGGAUGUCAAAUACCUUCCUCUAGCAAGACUGGACAGAAGUAUCUCAACAAUUCAGAUUAAAAAGUUUAUUGAAGAGGAGGAACGCAAGCUUCCAAGCAAGCUUGUUGUUACGUGGCCAGAAGGUGAACAGUUGCUGCCUGACUCAAAGGUCCCUGCUGGCACAACCAUUGGGGCAAUGAGAGUAGAUAUUGUAAACGGCAAAGGAGAGUCUAUGAAUAAGAUCCCCAGUGACAGAAGGAAGCUGCUGGUGGAGCUGAAGGUUAUAUGGCACGGCUCAGAGAAAGGUGACGAUAAAGUUCUAAACACCCAUGUAUGCCAGCAUGGAGGAAAAAGCUGGCCCUAUUGGUUCCGAAAGAUGGAAAACAUCACUCAUCUUGGACCGUACACACUUCAGCUGAAGGUCCUCCUUAGCGACAGUUCCAAUAGCUCUGUCAUCAAGAAUCUCCCUGUUUACCAAAUAAAGUUUGUGGUCACCGAGGCACCACCUACCAGUUUCACUUUUGGGAUGCUUGACAACCCUUUGAGGGUUGGGGUGCCUUUUCAGAUUCCUGUUAAUCUGCUUGAUGAAUAUGACAACCCCACGAAGCUACAAUCAGACAUCACUCCGGUCCUUAGUGCAAGCGGCCUAGAGCUAAGCCAUGCGGGAACUUUCACUAAAGGGAACAGCCUGAUCAUAAAGAAUGUUGUAGCAGUUGGGAGCAUCCCCUCUAAUGCUGGCAAGGAUUUUAAUCUGAAGCUCACCCUACCCGGACUACAGGAAGACUCGCAAAGCCUUAAGAUACGCCUUCUGCCUGGUCCCCCCUGCAAACUUGAAGUUUUGCCAGCCACCAAGGAAGUAACAGUAGAGAAUGGCACCCCCCUAGAUUUAAUGGUCCAAGUACAGGACAAGGCUGGCAAUGCGACCAUACAACAAAGACUUAAUGUGGUCUGCAAGCUUUCAGGGCACCCCAAUCUUCCAAGCUACACGGCCGACUGUAGCUCUACCGGCAAAGCCGCUCUGACUGGCCCAGAGCUCUCAGUCAAGCUCAACAACAAUACGUCUCUGAAACUCACUGCCACUAUAGAGCUUCAACAUUACAAAGACGUACCAUCUGUUGAGAAGGCUCUGAUAGUCAUUCCAAGUAAAAGAGCAGGACACAUCCGUGUGUAUCAUCUGCCUAUAGGAGCAAAGCAGCAGAAUAGACUUACAGAUGGUCAGGAGUUGCCCUGUGUCGUAGGGGAAACUGUCACGGGUCUAAGUUUCAAAAUUUUGGAUGAAGGAGAACGUGAACUCGACAUUGACAAUAACCUCUCCAGUAAGAUCAAGGUGAACUGGGUUCCUAAAUCAAGUCGGGAUAUGCUGAAACAAGGCAUUCUUCCUGAUGUUAAGGCACCCACAUCUUGUGAUGAAAGUAAAUUCUGCCAAAUCAACUUGCUUGGUGCUGCAGGUCUCGACUUCUCUUUUACUCUUCGGCCAGAACCAGGCGUGCCAUCCUUGAUCAAGCUUGCAUGUAGUAACCCUAAGCUUCCACUUGGCAAAGCCAUGAAGUCAGAGAUAUUUGUCACUUUCUAUGACAAGCAUGGCAACAAAGUCACCAAGCUCCCACCGAACGUUCUACCAUUGUUCCAUGUGUCAGCCUUUGGUUUAAAAGAGAAGGAGGUCCAAAUAGGGCUCACUCAUGAUCAAACUGUUGUAAUCAAGAACAUCCAAUUUGAGGGAGUACCUCUGGGCCCACAAGAGCUCACAUUUCAGUGGCAGAAAUUAAAGUCUUUUCUUCGAGUAGAGGUGGUGUCAGGUCCACCAGAGAAGCUAGCCUUGAUCAACAUCAAUACAAUAGAGCCAUUCUCAGUUUUCAAUGACACAGCACUGGAAGUACCUUUGAGUGUACAGCUUUGUGAUGUAAUGGGCAAUGCCUCCACUGAACCCAAUGUCAAGAUAGUACUAAACACUGACAAAGGACUCAAGCUGACGCCUCCACCUGUCCCAACGAAAACCAACUCCAAGGGCCAAGCAUGUUUUGGUUCUCCUACAAUAUCUGCAACAAAGGGUUUGUAUGGUAUCCGCAUAAAAGCCCUUCAUGGAAGAUCAUCGUUUGAUGCACCUGUAAUAAUGGUGAGAGUGGAACCCGACCCAUCUAAACCAGUCAAGGUCAUGUCUACGUUUAAUAAGCAAGAUUCGUGCGAAGUGGGAGAGUUAUUGCCAACCGUUUCGGCACAUGUACUAGCCGAAGAUGGAUGUCCCAUGAAAUCAGCCAGUAACAAGGACAUUGUACUUAAAAUAUGGCACACGAAGGAUGGUCCUGUCUCUACCAAGCCUCCGCAAAGGGCAACAACAUUGUAUCCAUCUAAGCGAACUAACAAGGACAUGGCUGGCUACUUCUUCUUCAGAGACCUGAAAGUUCCAGAAGUUUCUGGCCCUUAUUGUAUGAUAGUGCAAUAUGGAACCGGCUCGUCUGUCCUUACCAGCGAAACAAUGACAUUUAGCGCAGCAGCUGGUCCGCCUGUGAAACUUGAGCCAGAGGCUAUGCCUCCAACACCUACAGUAUCCAACUCGCAGAGGAACGCAAACAACAGAUGCCUGGUAAAGGGUCUACGGCUUCAGCUAAAGGAUAGGUUUGAUAACCUGACAGGCGAGAGUAUACGUGGCAAGGUGGCGGUCAGUGUAGUGAGCCCUGUAGAUGGACUCGACGAAAUCCCAUCUCUGUGCAACGCAUCAGCAAGCAACCAAAUAGAGGUCCACCUUGUCAAGGGCAUCGCCCCAAUUCCGACCCUACACAUCAAGGAGAACACAAGCGGCAAAGACGGACAGGAGUACCUGCUAAGCUUCCAGGCCAAGCUUCCUUCUAGCGCCGCUAUUCAUCCUCUUCCUCCCUUAACGAUUCCCUUUCUGUUCUACAAUGAUGUGCGUAAGAAACAGCAGAUGGCUCAGUUGACGCAGGAGAGGGACCACUUGUUUGAGACGAUUCGCACAUACCGCUCUCUGUUUGACACCACAAGGCAGCUAAUACAAGAGAUGAGAGUUUCUGUCCACGAGGCCUGCAACCAGGAACAGAAGCUAAGAGGAGAAUUGAGAAAAAAUAACGUCCCUGUCAACAACUUGGCGACGCCGCAAGCAGUGCAAACCUAUUUAACAAGUCUUUUAAAGAAAAGAGAAGAGCUUGAGCGAACACCGCGCAGACAGUGUGGACUCAGUCCUGGCCCCCGAGGAGAUCCUGAAGUAUUAGGCAAGGUAGCUCACUUAGCGCAAGUUGAGGAUGAUGCUGUUGCACGGGUGCUGUCUUGGCACAUGGCUAGCGACAUGGACUGUGUGGUGACCCUAACAACAUCCAAGGCAAAAGAGGUCUACUCCCAGUCAAACGGUCAGCAACAGGUGCUUCCACUUGACUCUAUUUACAGACGCAGCCUGCCCGAGUGGACCAGACCCCUCCCACAUAUUCGUAAUGGGCCUCGAAACUACUCUCCUCCCGGGAACCCUGUGUACGCACGUGACAUGCUCCGCUUCCCUGCAGAGACAGACAACUGCAAAACAGUAUUUGGUAUGUUGCUGGGGGACACCAUUAUUCUUGAUGAUCUUGACUCGGCCAACAAAUACAGACAGGAAGUUGUGAAGUUCUCUCACUGUCCCACUAUUCUAACCAGAUCAGGCGACAGGAUACGUAGUAAUGGUAAAUUCGGCGGACUACAGAACAAAGCUCCACUGAUAGAGCGAAUGCGUGGGGUCGUCUUUUCAGCUCCCCUUCCAGAGCAGCACCACAGGAUUACCGUCCAGAUAGAACAACUGCAAGGGUACAAACAAGCUCUUGUCCGACAUGCUGAAGCAAAAAGUGAUUUAGAGUUGCAACUGGAGCAGGGCCAGACAGAAGAAAUGAAGAUCAAACACCAGGAGUGCCGUGAGGCUGAAAACCAGCUGCGCCUGAUAGAGCAACGGCUGGGGAUGACUCCUACACAGUAUGACAUGCCAGCUAGUCCAGCAACCAUGCUACACACGGAGCUCAACACCCCGCCCAGCCGAGCGGCCCAAUCCCGCAAUAGAACUGCUACUACGCUCAGUCCCCUGAACACACCCAGCGGUACAACCACAAGUACUGCUAGAACCACAGUGAACGGGGUUAAUGGCACCCCACGUACUAGAAGGAGUACCACACCUAUGAACUCUGAGGAGCCACGAAGUAGUAAACGGACUAGGCGGAUGUAAUACUGGAUCAAGGGGGGUACCCACAAGUUAACGGCACAGGUGCUCUAGGGUGAAUACCACGCGUUUGUACUCUGAGGGUGUAAUCACUGAGAGUUUAGUUUAAAAACACAGGGGGAAGUGCAUUAACCCUGAUUAAUCCUCUGAGGGUGUAAUCACUGAGAGUUUAGGUAGGGACACAGGGGGGGAGUGCAUUAACCCUGAUUAAUCCUCUGAGGGUGUAAUCACUGAGAGUUUAGUUUAAGAACACGGGUGGGGGCAUCAACCCUGAUUAGUUCUUGGUUAAGUAGCUGCAGCCCUGUGCUUUUUAGAUUAAUCUUAUUUUACGACAAGCAACAGCAAGAUGCUGCAUUAGUUCGGCUUUUCUAAACCCUUGGAUUUUUAUCCAAGUUUUCCCUGAGUUUUCUGUUUUUCUACCUCUGCCCAGUGUAAGUACAGGAGUAGCAGAAAAUUGCAAGCAGUUUAAUAUUCAUAAGCUUAUAGUAGCCUUAAUUCAAUUUUGUAAGGCAUUUAAGGUGGUGGAGGUAGUUAGCUAUACAUAUUUUAUUGUUUUUCUACAACAUAUUUUGCCUUUAAGAACUGGAUGAUUAUUUUUUAAAUUAAUAGUUCUUGAUUAAAAAUAAAUAAAUUAUGUUUUUAGGAUA